AUGGAGGGGACUAACAACAUAGUGGUUUACCACAGCGGUGAGGUCGUACGAAAUAUGUAUGAGGGUGUGAGUUUUGCAUGUGAGAAUAUAUUUUUGUUAGUGGUUUCGUGCACUAUAACGUUCGUAGAACUACAAUACGGGCUCUGUCAAAGCAUAGCGGCUGAUAUUGUGAAGAGGGUGACCAACAUUCUCUACACGAGUCUGGUUGUCGUAUUUGGCGGCUUGAUGCAAUCAGAAGUUAUGCCAAUCAUCGACGAAACAAGUAUUCAGCGAAUGUGUCGUAUUCACCAGCAAACUCAGGUGCAACACCCGAGGAUUGAGUUAUAUGUUGAGUUUGAGCAUAUUGUUACAGAUGAAGUUCAACAUGACCCAGAUGUACAAGAUGAUAGAUGUGAGGCGUACUUGGAAUUGAGCAAUGAUAGCGAUGAAGAGUUCAAAGCUACGUACGAAGCCGGUGAUGAGGACAAUGAUGGCGAUGUGGUAGGUGAGGCAGUGGCAGAAACUUUAGUGGUUCCAGCAGUAGUUAGUCAACCGAUGGGCAUUCCACCCUUUAUUCAUAGUUUGGAUCUUGACGCCAUGCAUGCACUGGAGUUUUCCGAUCAUGCAAACAUAGGUGUCGCUGAUCUUGAGGAUGGGAAGUUUAGGAUCGGAAUGGAAUACGGUUCAAGAAAAUCAGUCAUUGCGGCAAUUCGGAGUUACACUAUCUCCAGAGGAGUCGAUUACCUUGUUUAUGAAUCCGAGCCACAGACGUUCCAUGCAAAGUGCAAGAAUUACGGACGUGGGUGCGACUGGCUUAUCCAAGCCAGCUUGAUACAGAAGAAAGCCUGUUGGGAGAUUCAAAGAUACAACGAGAGGCACACGUGUUCCAUGGGAACGAUCUUACAGGAUCACUCGAAGUUAGACUCGGACAUGAUUGCUGAGGCUAUGAAGCCAUUGGUUGAGUCUGACCCAUCCAUAAAGGUCAAAUCUAUAAUUGCAGAGGUUUAG